AUGCCAUCCACCGGCCAAGAACCCGUCAUAAACAAGAACCAGGCCCUUCAAGAUUAUUAUGGCGGCCUCGAGUCGAGGGUCGGGUACCGGUUGGUGCUGGGAGGGACGCGCCAUUUCGGAUACUACAAGGCCGGGACAUACUGGCCGUUCCCCAUCGGCAAAGCUCUACGGGCAUUGGAGGACAAACUGAUCGAGACGCUGGAUCUUGAGAAAGGAUCGAAGGUCCUGGAUGCUGGCUGCGGCGUAGGACACGUCGCCACACAUCUAGCAAAGAAGGGAGACUGCGUCCACGGAAUCGAUGUCGUGGACCACCAUAUUAUCAAAGCGCGUUGGAACAUCCAAGCUUCCGGUGUCGAUGACCAAGUCGCCAUCAGCAAGGGCGACUAUCAUCAUCUGGAGGCUUUCGCAGACAACAGCUUCGACGGCGCGUAUACAAUGGAGACGUUCGUCCAUGCCACAGAUCCAGAAAAGGCGGCAGCGGAGUUCUUUCGGGUCGUCCGGCCGGGGGGAUCGCUAGCCAUGUUCGAGUACGACCAUGUGGAUUUCAAUAACCAAGCAGAUGCAGUGGGCAGGUCCUGGACUACCAUCAAUAAAUACUCUGCCAUGCCGGCAUACGAUCGGUUCCAGGGAGGCGUCCUGUCGAAAAUCCUGGAAGGGGCCGGAUUUCAAGACGUCGUCGUCGAGGACAUAUCCGACAACGUCCUCCCCUUGAUGAGACUCUUCUACAUCCUUGCAUUUAUUCCGUACAUGAUUAUUGCGCUCCUGGGUCUGAAACACAGAUUCGUCAAUACGGUGGCGGGAUACGAGGGGUAUGUCUACCGAGACGCAGUCAGAUAUAUUGCAGUGUCGGCGAGGAAGCCCGACGCAACAGAUGGGAUCAGACGGAGUGAGAGGAAGAAGACCAGAUGA